CAGAGGACUCUGGGAGGAGGAGGAGGAGGACAUGUCCUGCCCCCGUCCCAGCCCCACAGCAUGGGACACCACCGCAAGGGGCUCACUGCGGACAGCCCUGGCCCAGCCAGGCUUCUCCUCCUCCUCCUCCAACAGAGUUGGGGAGGUUUUGUUCGCCAAAGGAGACCCAUCUGGCCUUUAGUCUCCAUCCACGGAUUCAAGAGCCGCCAUGGCUGGAAAGCACUGAAAGGCCUCUCUUGAUGUGGCCCUAAGGGAGGUGAACUGAAUCAGAAACCCAAGAUGGCUGGCGCGUCCGUCAAAGUGGCCGUCCGGGUGCGUCCCUUCAAUGCCCGAGAGAUCAGCCGAGAUGCCAGAUGUGUGAUCCAGAUGCAGGGGAAAAACACCUGCAUUGUCAAUCCCAAGCAGUCCAAAGAUGCCAUCAAGAACUUCACUUUUGACUAUUCCUACUGGUCUCACACUUCGGAGGAGGACCCCAACUUUGCUUCCCAGCGGCAGGUCUACAAAGACAUUGGCGAAGAGAUGCUCCUCCACGCCUUUGAGGGCUACAACGUCUGCAUCUUCGCUUAUGGCCAGACGGGGGCUGGCAAGUCUUACACCAUGAUGGGCAAGCAGGAGAAGGACCAGCAGGGCAUCAUCCCUCAGCUCUGUGAAGAUCUUUUCGCUCGAGUGAACGAGAACAAAUCCCCCAACCUCUCCUAUUCUGUAGAGGUGAGCUACAUGGAAAUCUACUGUGAGCGAGUGCGUGAUCUCUUGAACCCCAAAAGCCGUGGCAACUUGCGCGUGCGGGAGCACCCCAUCAUGGGUCCCUACGUGGAGGACCUCUCCAAGCUUGCUGUCACCUCCUACGAAGAUAUUGCGGACCUCAUGGACUGUGGCAACAAAGCGAGGACUGUUGCUGCCACCAACAUGAAUGAAACCAGCAGUCGCUCCCAUGCCGUCUUCACCAUUGUCUUCACGCAGCAGCGUCACGACGAGAUGACAAACCUGGACACUGAGAAGGUCAGCAAAAUCAGCCUGGUGGACCUGGCUGGGAGUGAGCGUGCAGAUUCCUCGGGAGCAAAGGGCAUGAGGCUGAAGGAAGGUGCCAACAUCAACAAGUCCCUGACCACGCUGGGCAAAGUGAUUUCUGCCCUGGCAGAGAUGCAAAAUAACAAGAAGAAAAAGUCUGAAUUCAUCCCGUACCGGGACUCAGUGCUCACCUGGCUACUAAAAGAGAAUUUGGGGGGCAAUUCCCGCACUGCUAUGAUCGCUGCCCUCAGCCCAGCCGACAUCAACUACGAGGAGACGCUGAGCACCCUCCGCUAUGCUGACCGUACCAAGCAGAUCCGUUGCAAUGCCAUUAUUAAUGAAGACCCGAAUGCCCGCCUGAUCCGAGAGCUCAAGGAAGAGGUGGCCCGGCUCCGGGAGCUCCUCUGCACCCAGGGGCUUUCAGCAACCACUUUCCCAGGCACCAAGACAGACGACCCAGGAGGGGGACCGGGGCUUCCCCUCUCUCCCUUUGCCCCGAGUGCAGAUUCUCCCCUCCUGCUUGAACCCAUGACCCUCAAUGGGGAGUCAGAGCAAUACCUCCCUGAAUCGGAGGAGCAAAUCAUCUGCACGGAGGAGGCCAUGGAGAGGCUUCAGGAGACGGAGAAGAUCAUUGCCGAACUGAAUGAAACCUGGGAAGAGAAAUUGCGGAAAACGGAGGCCAUCCGAAUGGAGCGGGAGGCUCUCCUGGCUGAGAUGGGUGUGGCUCUCCGGGAAGACGGGGGCACUGUGGGGGUCUUUUCCCCAAAAAAGACUCCCCACCUGGUGAACCUGAAUGAGGACCCCUUAAUGUCCGAGUGCCUCCUCUACCACAUCAAGGAUGGGGUCACCCGAGUUGGUCAGCAAAACGUGGACAUCAAACUGACGGGGCAGUUCAUCAAGGAGCAGCACUGCGUCUUCCGGAGCAUCACCGGCGACUCUGGGGAAGCUGUGGUCACGCUGGAGCCGUGCGAGGGGGCAGAGACCUACGUCAACGGGAAGCAAGUGAUGGAGCCUCUGGUCCUGAGAUCAGGCAACCGCAUUGUGAUGGGGAAGAACCACGUUUUCCGCUUCAACCACCCUGAGCAGGCACGGCUGGAACGGGAGCGCAGCACCCCCCUGGAGAGCCAGGCCGAGCCGGUGGACUGGAACUUUGCCCAGCGGGAGCUGCUGGAGAAGCAAGGCAUCGAUAUUAAGCUGGAGAUGGAAAAGCGACUGCAAGACCUGGAGACGCAAUACCGUCGGGAGAAGGAAGAGGCGGACUUGCUUUUGGAGCAGCAAAGGCUGUACGCAGACUCUGAUAGCGGAGAUGACUCGGACAAGCGCUCGUGUGAGGAGAGCUGGCGCCUCAUCUCGUCGCUGCGGGAGAAACUCCCCGCCACCAAAGUGCAGACCAUUGUGCGGCGCUGUGGCCUGCCCAGCUCAGGCAAGAAGCGAGAGCCGCUCCGUGUAUACCAGAUCCCACAGCGCCGGCGGGUGGCCAAGGACCCCCGCUGGCUGACGCUGGCUGACCUCAAGAUGCAAGCGGUCAAGGAGAUCUGCUACGAAGUGGCCCUCAACGACUUCCGGCACUCGCGCCAGGAGAUCGAGGCCAUGAGCAUCGUCAAAAUGAAGGAGCUCUGCCGGCUGUAUGGAAAACGCGACCCCAACGAGCGAGAGAGCUGGCGGGCCGUGGCCCGAGAUGUGUGGGACACGGUUGGUGUUGGCGAAUCGGAUGGCGGUGGUAGUGGCAACAACAUGGGGGGCGGGAGCUCAGAUGGCAGAGCUGGCACCCCGGGAGCUGAUGUAGAUGACCUUCGGGCUCACAUUGAUAAGCUGACCGACAUCCUUCAGGAGGUGAAGAUCCAAAACAACAUGAAGGACGAGGAGAUCCGGGCCUUACGGGAUCGUGUGGUGAAGAUGGAGAGGGUCAUCCCCAUCUCCGAACAGGAGGACGAAGACCUGGAGAAUGAGUGGGGCUCGCUGCUUUUCACAGAGGGGCUUGUGUCCGAAGGAGACUCGAAGGACCAGCGGAUGGGCAGCCAGGACUCGCUGGGCUCCAAGGAGGAGGCAGAGGAGGACGAGGACGAGGAAAGGAGACCACCGGGGUCAUCGUCCCCUUCCUCAUCUUCCUGCUACGAGCGGGUGACCCGUCUGAUGGAGAAGGACCCGGCCUUCCGCCGAGGGCGCCUCCGAUGGCUGCGUCAGGAGCAGGCCCGGCUCCAGAACCUCCAGCAGCAGCAGCUGGCCAAGACCCUCCGGCGGCACCAGCUCCCCGGCACACCGGGCAAGUUCAUCCCCCCGCAGGACUGCAAGCUGCGCUUCCCAUUCAAGAGCAACCCCCAGCACCGCUACUCCUGGGGGCCCAACUCUGCUUUCAUGGUGGCUGGUGGGGAGAAGGUGGCAGGGGCAGCCCCUACAGGGCCCGACCAAGAAGGGCUCCCACUCUCCAGCCCCCGCCCCCCCCGACGCAACAGCUCCGGCUCCCAGCCCCAGCGUGGGUCAGGCCGCCCGGCCACCCGGCGUAACUCCCUGGAAGGCGGAGGGCAGAACCAGCGGGGCCGGCGGUGUCACGGGCAAGAGCACUUCCAGGCACGCAAACAUAAUUACUACCCUCGCCAGCACCAGCCCUACCCGCAGCACCGGCCCACCGGCAACCCUGAGGGCGGCGGCAGUGGCAGCACCCCUCCACCCCGCAUGCGCCGCCAGAGGUCUGCCCCCAACUUGCAGCAGGAACGUGAGAGCGCCGUGUGACCAGGUUGGCACCAGAGGGCUGGUCAGGGACCGGAGGGCUGCGUGUCGGGGGUCCGGUGGCACAGAGCAGCACCCCACAUUUGGCUGUGGCCCUUGGUUCCCCUUUGCAGUGGACAGAAGAACUGACAGACUAGCAGAGUGCCAUGCAAGAGGGAGGUUGCUGGAGGCAGCUGGGUUUUGGGGGAACGGGGUUACGGGGCGUGGGGUGCGCAGGCCGGGGCUUCUGGGAGCAGAAGGGGCUGCUGGUUCUUCUUUGCCUUUGUCUUUUUGUGGGAAAUCCAAAGAAAUUUGUUUGUUUUAAUAGGAGUUGAGUCUGGGAGGGGGCUUUUAAGACAGGAAAGGAGGGUUGGGAAAGGGAGGAGGCAGAAGAGUUUUAUUUGGACUGGAGACACAAAAGAGUCCAGAGAGGUGGAGGAGGCGGAAUGGAGGGAGUCAGUGGAGGGUUUGUGGGAGGCAGUUGUGGGUCACAGGAUGUCAGGAGGAGGGUUUGUGGGUCGGAAGGAACAAUGAGCUUGCGAGGGGCAGAGCUGGGCAGAGACAGGUGCAAGGGGGACCCCCAAUUCCUCUUUCCCAAGGGGCUGGGCUGGGGUCCAGACACCCAGGGACCCCAAAUGUCUCCCUGCACCCCACUCCAGUUGCUCUGUCCUCAUCACAGGGGCAAGAUACCAAAACUUUCCCCCGUCCCCAAAUGACUCAGUUUGUGUGCUUCAUGGAACUGGUUGUGUGUGAGUUGUGUUUUAUCUGGGUCUCCUGAUUGCUGCAACAUUAAAGGGGGGCCUUGGGGGGGAGCAGAAACAAUUGCUGAGUUCCCCUCCACACACACACACACACAAGCACUGCGUGGCUGGAGCGUCUGUGGGGUGCAUCUGUCUGUGGAGAGGGACAUUUUGCCAUAACCGAAUGUCUCUUUCAGAGGCAAACCAAGGGUGAAUAUCAAGAUGGGGGCAAGCAGACGAUCUACGGACGAUCUGCAGCCAACAUCAGCCCCCCCCAAAAAAAUAUCUGCAAUUGUCUUUUCUGGUUUUGCUGCAAUUUGAAAAAAAGGGAGGCAGAAGAAAUUAAGGAGAGCCAUAGAGUUGAAGUGCUCUUUUACUCCUGUUGUCACCGUGUGCUUUCAAGUUGUUUCUGACUUAUGGGGAGCCUAUAUUAUGGGGGUUUCUUGGCAAGAUUUAUCCAGAGGGGGUUUGCCCUUGCCUCCCCCUGAGGCUGAGAGAAUAUGACUUGCCGUAGGUCACCCCACUGGGCUUCCAUGGCUGAGCUGGGAAUUUAACCCUGGUCACCAGAGUCAUAGUCGAAUGUGCAAACCACUACACCACGCUACUGGCCCCCCUCCCAAAAAAAUAGCUACCAUCUUUCAUUCUAUAAAGUCCUUAUAGAACUCCCCCCCCAUAGGCUGGCAAAGGGAGAGCUGCUGAUCCUUCCAUGCCCCCAACCCAUAUUCAUGAGUGGGGGGCUUUGUGUUUUGGGAGGUGGGGGAAAAGACGUGGUUCUCCCCUCCCUUUAUCCAGCACUGCUGACUCCCCCUCCACCGGAAAAACCACUGCUGAUGCUGCCAGGAAGGCAGAUAGACCACUAAAUGCCCCUUUUCUUGGCCCAGGAGCUCUUCAGGAAGGCAGCCCCCCACCCCACACACACAGGGGACACCCCAAAGGUCUCUCUCAGCCCCACUUUUCACACUCACAAACACCCCCCUGCCAGAUCUGGCCCUCCUGGUGGUCAGCAGUUCAGUCCUUCCAAAGCUUGGCCUUUUUUUGGGGGGGUGUCUCUCCGGCUCCCACUCUCCCCACCAGUGCUUGUAGUUCCUUUGCUGGGGGAAAGGUAUGUGUGUGUUUGUGUACAGUUGCAGGUAGGAGUGUGUGUGCGUUGGGGUUGCUGCAUUUUCUUCUCCCCCCCCCCCCAAUUCCUGUGCUGCCCUUGGAAAUCAUGGCUAAAGGGUCACUCUCCCUUGUAAUCCUGGGUCAAUAAAGGAGGCAGCCAAACUGCCAGAUGCUGUCAA